AUGGUCAAAAUUCAGGUCGUCUCCGACCUCCACCUCGAAUCUGGCUUCGAAUACGAUGCCUACGAACUUGAUCCUGUCGCUCCAUAUCUCGCUCUCGUAGGUGAUAUUGGCAAUACUCGCGAUCCUGGACUGUUCAACUUUCUCAAGCGGAUGCUCAAGCAACACGAGCUCGUAUUCUUCAUCGCUGGAAAUCAUGAGCCUUACCACAGCAGCUGGGACUCCACACAUGCAAAGUUAAGGGAGUUUUCCGAUUUGGUCAAUAAGGAGCCUGAAUUAGGAGCAGGAAGAUUCAUAUAUAUGAAUCAAACACGAUAUGAUCUUACCAACGAGGUCACUAUUCUGGGAUGCGUGUUAUUCUCGGCCAUCGAUCCGAAGUACAUGCCGUAUGUUAGUCUCAGUUUGAAUGAUUUUUAUCACAUCCAAAGUUGGACAGCCAAGGAUCAUUGCUCAAGUCACGAGUCGGAUCUCGCAUGGCUCAAUGCUCAGGUUUCGAGAAUUAUGGUUGAGGAACCGAACCGCAAAAUCAUAAUCUUGACGCAUUACUGUCCGACUUUUGAUGCUACGGAGCCAAAGUAUAAGACGAGUCUUAUUACAUCGGGAUUUACAACGGAUAUGACGAAGGAGGAAUGUUGGAAGUGUGAUAAUGUGAAGGUUUGGGUAUUCGGGCAUACGCAUUAUAAUUACGAUGUUGUGGAGGAAGGUACCGGAAAGCGUAUUGUGGCGAAUCAGAGAGGGUAUAAUUUCUCGACGGCAGAUGGAUUUGAUCCAACAAAGACAAUAGAAGUAUGA